AGUCGUGACCACACGGAAGCAUCUGGAACCAGCAUCCAUCCGAGGUCACGAGUCCAUCGGCCUGCUACUCCAGAUGCUCAGCUGGGUUCGUACCAAAAAAAAAAAAAAAACUGCUGCAGUAGCAGUGUAGCACCAGCAAUCAACCUGCUCGUCUUUUGUGAACCCAAGACGACAAUCUGCCACUCGCCGACUCACUCACGGGUGGCAUGGACAAGCCAACGACUGAUCCCGGCAACCCCCAUUGGCCACGCGCGCUGUCUUAAAUCCCACGGCCACCACGCAGCGAGCCGAGCGACCAAGAACCCGUGCAUCACCACCAUGAAGAAGAAGCCACUGGUGGCGCCCCUGCUCCUCUGCUGCUCCCUCCUCUGCCUGGCGCCCGCGGCCGCCCCGCGCCGCCUGCCGCUGCACGCCCACGCCCACCUGCCGCCUCCGUACGCGCGCAACGCGACGGCGUACGCCGCCUCGGCGGCGCUGUGCCCGGGCUGCGAAGCGUGGGCGGACGCGCUGGAGUUCCUCUACUACCACAACCUGGUGCGGCUGGCGUCGCUGGAGCCGCCGCUGGCGUGGUCCCCGCGCCUGGCGUCGUACGCGCGCUGGUGGGCGGCGCAGCGCCGCGGGGACUGCGCGCUGCGCCACUCCUUCCCCGACGGCCAGUUCGCGCUCGGCGAGAACGUCUUCUGGGGCGGGCCCGGCGGCGCGUGGCGGCCACGGGACGCCGUCGCGGACUGGGCCGCCGAGGGCACCGACUACUCGUACGCCGACAACGCGUGCGCGCCCGGCAGGGAGUGCGGGCACUACACGCAGAUCGUGUGGCGACGCACCACCGCCGUGGGUUGUGCGCGGGUGGCGUGCGACGGCGGCGGGGUGUUCAUCACCUGCAACUACUACCCGCCCGGCAACGUCGUCGGCGAGAGGCCGUACUAGACUACUAGUAGCUCAGUAGGUUUGGGGAUUUACGUGACACUGAUCGAGCUCCGCUCAGAGUUGGUCACAGACAGGCUCGUGUCUAUCGUGUGUAAAUAAAUAUUCAGCGAUCGUUUCGGUGAAAAGGAUGGAAAUCAGUCGAGUAUUUCACUGUUGGCCUCCGUAAAUCUGUUCUUGUGUUGAUGUUACGGCGUGCGGUGGCAAUCUGGCUUUGAUCAGAGCCACGAUCAGAAUAAAACGCGGUUUUACGGUCA